AAGUAGGACAGAAAAGAAAAUGGCGACUGGAGGACGUUUAACCCGUUCAAAGAUUAAUGCUUCCGAUGAAGUUAUUGACUACGCUUGUUCUCCAUGUACGAAGAGAAAUAAAACAAACGAAGCUGUUAAAUUUUGUGUGGAAUGUCAGGAGUUCUUUUGUCCUCUAUGUGUGGAUAACCACAACAGUUUUUCUGUUUUAGAAGGACACUCCUUACUAGAUAAAUCACAGUUUGGAUCUCUGGGGGGAUCAGCUGCACCGAACGCACCUCCGUUGCCGACAGAGAGAUGCAGUGUGCAUUUAACGAAAUUAGUGGACAUGUACUGCGCAAACCACGACGCUGUUGGCUGUUCUAUAUGUUUAAAUAUCGACCACAGGAUUUGUCAAGAUGUACAUUACGUACCUACAUUUGUCCAGGAACUGAAGCCAUCUUUGCAGACGUCGAGUUUAAAAAGUCAAGUAAACGCCACUAUUGUAAAGCUUGAAGGUCUCAUGAAACGGUACAAUUAUACAAGGGGUGAAUUUGACACGAAAAGAGUUUCUUCCUUGAAAGAUAUCCAAGAAUUCAGAAAAAAAAUCAACAAAACUUUAGAUCGAUUAGAGCAAGCAUCAAUUCAGAAUAUUAACAAGCAGUAUAAAGAUUUAGAUCUAACGUGCGAAAAUGAAAUGGCAGAUAUUCAAAGAAUGCUUGAUGUAUUGAAAAGAAGUAAAACGUCGUUAGAAUCAUCUGUGACGAAUGUAUCGCAGCAGUUUGUAGUUGAUAAAAAAUGCAAAGGCGAUAUUGUAAAUUCGGAAAGUCUUCUAGAACGAUCUACGAUCCAUGAGUCAAUGUUUAUACCAUUUAAUGGAAACACAGAACUUUUCGAUGACAUAAAUACAUUUCAUUCCCUAGAUCAGAGUGUGCAACAAACUGCUCAGCAAAUCAAGCCAAAGAAAACAUUGUAUGAAUUAAAAAGUUCAGACACAUUUGAUAUAAAACUAUCAACAGACGAGGGAUCAUGUGAGAUUCGAUCAAUGUGUAUACUUGAUUCUGGUGAUAUUCUAGUAACAGACUUUAAGAACAAAGCAUUAAAACUGAUAGAUGGUGAAUCGUAUAACUUGAAAGACGCGCUAAAGGUUCAAGAUCAACCGUCAGGAGUAUGUAAAGGUCGGAUUGAUGAGGCAGUAGUUUGUUUAAACAGUCAAGUUAUACAAUUUGUUUCUACUAAAGAGAACCUUAUUGUACUUGCUCAAAAAUUAAGAAUGAAUCAUAUGUGUUUGGGCGUUUGUAUGAUUUCGUCUUGUUUAUAUGUCACUGACGGCAGAAAUAGAAAUAUAUUUAAGUACGACUUAAACGGAAAACUUUUGAAAACAAUAUCUGGUAAUAAAAUCUUUUCAUGGAAUCGAUUUUUAGCUGGCAGUUACGACGGGAAGUCUUAAUAUGUCACUGACUGUGACAAU